AUGGGCCGAAGCGGAGGAAAGAAGCAAAAAGACAAAAAGACCAAGAAGACCAAGAAAGGAAAUAAUGACGACAAUAAUAACAAUGACGGCAGCAUGAUAUGGGUAGAUCCCGCCCGAGUACGCUUCCAACAUUCUCGCAUCCGACCCUACUUUUCCGGGUGUGGCCGCAGUGUCCAUGAGACGCUCGAGUCCAUCCGUCAGGGGGAAAUCUUGGCGGCGGAUCUACCUCCCAUUCAAGUCAUUGUGGGUCCUAACGAUACUACUGAUAAUGAUCCUUGGUAUUUCUCGCUCAACAAUCGACGCUUGUGGGUACUCAAACGAUGUCGAGAAGAAGGAUUGCUCGAGUCCAACAACCAUCAAGUACAAGUACGCGUCAGAUCGCCCAAAAGCACCGCCGAAGCAGAGCGAUACUCGGUGGAAAAUUGUGCCCUAGAAGCGAAGCUCAUGAAGGAAUCAGCGCCCAGCAGAAACUCAAAAGAACAACCACCAGAAGAAACACCACCACCAAAGAAGCUGGAUCAGGGAGAAAAUAUCUCCAAGGAGAUUCCACCCACUACAAACAGUACUACCGAUGAAGUUAAGUUAGGGUGUAUGGCGCUAUUGAUUGUCUACAAAUCUAUCAUCAACAAUCUGCACCCAACCUUGAAACUACCAAACGGUGGUGGGAGGUACCAUUCCAAAGAUGCUACCAUGACGCCACAUUGGCCACAAAAGAAUGCUUGUGGUUUCCGAAUCUGGGUUCUUCUGAUGGACAAAUUCAAUGUGUCAAUUCGCAAAUCGAUGGACUUUUGA